AUGCACUUGCGUCGUAGGGUUUCAAGCAUCUUUAGUCGCGUGAAUGACGCUAUCACGGUGGUGUCAGGGAGGCGUUCAUAUUAUUCUGGACGUACCGUGUUGCCAUGGAGAAGAAACGUCAUACUUAGUGUGUUACUCCACCAACGUAGUCUAACGUGUACCAGUUGGAUAAGAUGGGCAUCGACAGAGACAGCUUCGGUGGUGGCAGCGGCGGAGGCGGCGGAAGAAGCAGUUUCUUCUUCUUCGGGCAUCUUACUUGACGGUGCUGCUGAUUUUAUUGAUUUGGGUCUUGGCGACAGUGAGACGGGGGACUUAGCUUUGGUGGUGUCGUGGGAGCAGCAGCCUGCACUCGGGGUCGUACGGGCGCCUGAGAUUCCUGAGGGACAAGAGUACUCGCGGCUCAACAUCCCUCUUACCCACCCGCGUGCUGGUCGAACCGAACCACGGCCUAACAGUCGCAGCAUUGUCGCUGCAGAUAACACCCUUUGCCUCUCCAACAAACUCAACAAAAACGAGGACAACGGCCAGGACGCCAUUGUUCUCGCGGAUACGGACAACAAAUUUACUGAAGACGGCGACGGCGAUGAGGAAGCCCUCCCAUACGACGAUGAACUUUUUGCUGAGAUGUUGCUUAAGAUGGAAGUUGAGGGUGCCAUUGAUGAAGCAUGGCAAGACGCCCGCAAGGCGCAUAUAGAGGACGUGGUGGAGCUUGUGGAAGUUCUUCGUUCACUUAAAGUCCGUGAAAUUUGCGCCAUAGAUGUCUCAGCGAAGACGGGCAAUUUUGACUACAUGAUUGUUGGGACAUGUGAAGGUCCACGACACAUUCACUUAGCCGCAUGGGCGGUUCAGGAAGCGGACUCCCUGAGACGCGUCUCGAAAAUUAAGCGUAAACAGACGGAUCAUACGUGGGAAGUGGUGCCUGUUGGUAGAAUCAUAGUGAAUCUUAUGCAAGACACGGUUCGUGAAGAAAUGGCACUCGAGCGUAAGUGGGCAGUGACGAAGUGCAUGGAUCCUCUCUCCGUAGCCAAUGCACCAGUGAGUGAGGGAAGACAGGUCAAGGCUCAUGGAUUGUGGACGCUGACCCUUAAUUUGCAGGAUUUGGAAGACUUUGAGGUGGAUUACUGCAAAGAUGUUUUGAUGCGACAGUUGUAA